AUGUUUUUAUCAGUGAGUGGUUCUGGAUUUCAUAUGAAUUAUCGUUAAGAAGUUAGACUCCCAAAAUUACAAGGUCAUAAAGUACAGGCUUACAGCAUGCCUAAAUAUAGAUAAUUAAACAGUCCUGAAGAGAAACCGAUAUCUCCUGAUAGGUUUCUUAAGUACCUGAAUAAUAAAGUUCAAUCUUAAGCAGGAGUUUAUAGAAAUCCUGCAGCUGUUUAAUGUUCAAUGAUUUUGAUUGCAAAACAAAUGAAGUUCUCUUCUGAUCAACAUACUCAUAGACAGAAAGAGAAAUCAAUAAAAAUAAUUGAGUAGUCUAAUGAAUAUAAAUACAAUUUGGGUUUAGGAAAUAAUCAUGAACUAGUAUAAAGAAUUAUGGAUACUCGAGUUGAUUGGCAAUAAACUAAAGAUAAUUCAUCUAUGUUUGUUAAUUUUAGAUGGUAAUAAUGGAAUAGAGGUUACAAAUAUGAUAGAUUGAUUCUGAAUAAUUAAUACAAAUAAAUGGUUAAUCAUUUUGAAAAUCAUCCAGAAUUAAGCAAUAAAUAAUAUUUGUUUAGAAAUCUUUGUUCAUAUUGCGAAGUAUCAUUAUUAUUAAUCCAUUAUUAGCAAAACAAAUUAAGUGUAUAUGAUUCAGUUCCUAUUACAUUUGUAUUAGAUUUUAAAGAUGACACUGUAGAUUAAUAAUUUACAUAAUUUGUUAAGUUCUUUGAUAAAUAUGCUCCAAAGAAAAUUGAUCAAAUGGCAAAAAAAUUAGUAGAAUACAAAAAAAAAUUAAAAGUAAUAUUACAUAAUAUAACAGAUUCCAGUCUAACCAAUGAAUGAUAAAAAAAUUUAACCUAUCCCUAAUAAAAUACCAAAAACAUAAAAUGGAAAUUAAUACUUAUGGCUAUUGAAACCUACAUUUUUAAAUAGAGGAUAAGGAAUACAUGUUGUUAAUGAUUUAGAUACUAUCAUAUCACUUAUAUCUGAAUAUUAGGAAGGACAUCAAACGAUUGAAGAUGAAGAUGCUAAAAAUAAUAAAAAAAAUAAUAAUAUUAAAGCCAAUUCUUUUGUUAUAUAAAAAUAUAUUGAAUAGCCAUUCCUCAUUAAUUAAAGAAAGUUUGAUAUAAGAGUUUGGGUAUUAGUUACUUAAGAUCUACAUUGCUAUUUUUUUAAAGAAGGUUAUAUACGUACAUCUUGUGAAAAUUAUACUACUGAUGAUGUUAGUAAUUAAUUUAUUCAUUUAACUAACAAUGCUAUUUAAAAAUAUUCAGAAAAAUAUGGAGAAUUUGAAGAUGGCAAUUAAUUGUCCUUUGAUGAUUUCCAAAAUUAUCUCACUUAAUAAGGCUUCAAUAUUGAUUUUUAAUAAAAUAAUGUAUCAAAAAUGAAAUAACUUGUUUGGAUGUCUAUGCAAUCUGUUAAGAGAAAACUUAAUCUUCAUUAAAGAAAGUAUUGUAUGGAAAUUUUUGGAUAUGACUUCAUUAUUGAUCAAGAUUUUAAAACUUGGUUAAUAGAAAUCAAUACCAAUCCUUGCAUUGAAGAAUCUAGUGGAAUUUUAAAAAUGUUACUACCAAGAAUGUUAGGUAAUUAUAUUUUAUUAAAAUAGAUGAUGCAUUUAAAUUAACAAUAGAUGUAUUAUUUCCCCCAAAAUAAAAAUUAGAAAUAGUUGAAUCAACUUUUCCAGUUAAUAAAUAUUCAAAUACUGAAUCAUUAUGGUAUUGAUUUUAAUUAGUUUAAUAAUUAGGGAAUCUAUUGGGACUCUUGAAUCACCUAAACCUGCAACAAAAUAAAGUGGUUUUGUUUUGCCUAACUAGUUAUCUUCGUAAAUUUAGCAGUUUUAGACAGUUAUACCAAUUUACUAAGGAGAUCUAUGA